UGUUACAUUAAUGUCAUGUGCUUUCUUUCAAAAUAAUCAAGUUGGGAUAUCUUAUUCUAUUUGAUUUUAUAUUUUCUUGUAUUAUUUGACGACUUUAUUUUUUUAUAUUUCACAAAUAUGGCUAAAAGUCUUCGUAGUAAAUGGCGUAGAAAGAUGAGAGCAAUCAAACGUAUUCGCUAUGGAGUUAAAGAAUUGGAUCGCUUGAAGAAUAUGUUAGUUAAAGCUGGCGAAAUAGAAAUAAAAGAAGAUGGAGUAAUAGAACAUGUUUGUUUAGUUAAAGCCCAAAAAGAUGAAGAAGAAAAAAUGCAAAUUGAUAGAGAAAACAAAGCUGAAAAUAAAGAUGAAUCAAACAAAAAGCCAAAAGUACAACACCCCACAUGGCUAAGAAAAAAAGAAUACAAAAAAUAUUUAAAAAGUUAUAAAAAACAAAAAAUGCUUAAUGCUAAACGUUUAAAAACGGCAAAUAAAAAAUGAUUUUUUCUGAAUAAAA